UGUGGAAAGCGUGAUGCACAGCGACUUCGUGAAGGAGAUGGCCGUUGAGUAUGCGCAGCGGUUGCUCACUGCUCCACCGAAGAGUCUCCAGGACUUCCUGCUGCCCCUGGGCGAGGAAAGUCCAGGAUCUGAGGGGAGCCCGGAGACUGCACAAGUGCAGUCGGCCUUUGGCCAUUUAGGCACCAACAACCAGAUGGAACCAGCAGUGGAAAUACAGUCACACUGGAAGCGGGACGUCAGGACCAGUCGCAAGGCUCCAGUGAAACCCGGGUUGGUGACGCCUGAGAGCUGCAUGGAAUGCCUCUACCCCAAGCCUCCCAAGGACCGGCACUACGACGAGGGAGCAGAAAUGGAGAAGGAGGCUGUCCGCAAGCAGAAAGUCAGGGCCCAGAAGUCGGACAAGUUAUCCGAAGAAUCACAUGUUCAGGAUAUAGAACCCCGCAAGCAGAAAGUCAGUCCCCAUGACAAGAUCUGCCUGGAGCCGCAUGUCAAGGACAAACAGGACGAAGUGAUGGUGGAAAAGGACGCCAAAACGCCGACGUUGCGAGCGGCAGCGGUUUCACCCGCCAAAAGUGGUAAGAUGACAUUGCGAAUAACGAUUACGCCGCAGCAUUUCUUCUCUUAUGGCACUGCUUUUCGCGACGUUCAGGUUGAUUUCAAGCCAGCAAGAGUCAUCGUGCGGGCCAUUGACAUGCAGGGCUACUCAUGGAGUGCCUUCGCAGAAAAUUUUCCGGGUCCCCUUGCAGUGGACCAAUGCACGUUCAAGAUCGAUCCAGAAGGAAAGAAGGUGCAAAUCAAUCUGCGUGCAGCAGAGAAGUGUUGGGAUAGUGUGAUGAAUUUCCAGAUGAAGAGGUUUUACAACUUGAACAAGGAGAAGGUUGAAGACUUUAUGUUCACGGAUUGA